AUGUUGUGCGGCGGCGUGUCGAUGCCAUGGUCCGACGUGCUCACCAUCUGCGGGCUGUUCGCCGUGCAGUGCAUCUACGGCCUCUACAUGAUGUUCCUCGACGGCCUGCUCGCCGCCGGCGUGCCCUCGCUCUUCGUCAUCGUCGUCGCCUGCGCCGCCUCCUCCGUCGUCGUCCUCCCUUUCGCCUUCGCGCUCGAGAGGAAGAAGUGGCCCAAAGUGUGGAGCCCCAUGCUGGUUCUGCAGCUCGUCGUCAUUUCACUUGGAGGGGUGUCCAUAUAUCAAGUAUUCAUGAUGCUCGGUGUCGAGCGGACCUCGCCGGCGAUCGCCUCUGCCAUGCCGAACCUUGGCCCUGGCUUCAUCUUCGUCAUUGCAGCCUGCCUGAGGUUUGAGAGGUUUAAUUGGAAGUGCAAGUACACGAGAGCAAAAGAUCUUGGGCACACUGGUGUGCCUCAGUGGGGCAAUGCUGCAGCGUUGAAGAGGUUCCCUGCGCCAUUGUCGGUGUGCUCGAUCACUGCCAUGAUGGGUGCGAUCUUCAGCGCUAUCAUCCAGGUCUUGAUGGAGGGGAAGCUCACUGCUGGCACCGCAGACAACAUCCCCAGGAUCAUUGCUGAAAUUGUGCUUUGUGGUAUCUGCACAUAUCCACCAGAUUCAGAAUUUUCAGGAGGCGUGGUGAUCGGCCUGUGCACGACAUUCCAGGUGUCGAGCUUCGGGCGCAAGGGGCCUGUCCUCGUGUCCAUGUUCAGCCCGUUCCAGACUGUGUUCUCGGCGCUUAUCUCUCUCAAAAUCUUCUUCGGGCAAUGGAUCGGCCUAGGAUGCUUUCUAGGGAUUGUGCUCAUGUUUGUCGGACUCUACGUGGUGCUGUGGGCGAAGAACAGGGAGGACAAAAUGUUCACCGAGCUGACUGCGCCACCUGAAAGUGAAUGUGAUUUAGAGAGGCCAUUGCUGCAAUGA